AUGCAGGCGGUGAAGGGCAGCGUAUGGCUGUUCGAGCAGGAGCAGGCGCUGGGCUUCAGCAGCGUCUCCACCAACACCCGCAUGACCGUCGUCAAGCUCCGCUCCGGCGGGCUCUGGGUGCACGCCCCCAUCGCCCCCACCAAGGAGUGCAUCCAGCUGAUCAAGGAGCUGGGCGCGCCGGUGGAGCACAUCGUGCUGCCGACCUUCGCGUACGAGCACAAGGUCUUCCUCGGGCCCUUCUCCAGGAAGUUCCCCAGGGCGCAGGUGUGGGUGGCGCCGCGGCAGUGGAGCUGGCCCGUCAACCUGCCGCUCGAGUUCUUCGGGGUCUUCCGCUCCAAGCCCCUCGAGGACGAGGACGACGCCACGCCCUGGGCCGCCGAGAUCGAGCAGAAGGUGCUCAGCUCGCCGGAAGUUGGGAUUGGGCCGUAUGUGGAGGUGGCGUUCUACCAUAAGCCUUCCAGGACAUUGCUGGUCACGGAUGCUGUCAUCUUUGUCCCUCGGCAGCCGCCCGAUUGCAUCAGCAAAGAGUCCUUGUUGGCAGCUGCCAAGAACGGCUUGGCAGUUAAGAUAUUGAGCAAAGGGAGAGAGGUUCCUGAUGAUCCCGUUGAGGACAACAAGCUUACCCGGCAGACAGGAUGGGAGAGGAUGGUACUUCAAAUACUGUUCCUUGGUCCCUCAAAUCUCCUCGAGCCCAACGCGAGCUUCGCUCAAAUGUCACAGAAACUGAUCGUCUCACCAAUCGUGAAGACGCUCGUUUUCAGCAAAGUUCCAGAGAAGGUGAGGGACUGGGUGGACAGGAUCGCCGCGGACUGGCCGUUCCGGCGGAUCAUCCCGGCGCACUUCGCGGCCCCGAUCAACGCGAGCCGGUCUGACUUCCUGGCCGCCUUCGCCUUCCUCGACGAGUUCCUCCCGGACCGCCCCGCGGCCUCGCCCGGCCUCUCCCUCAUUUUCGCGUCGCUCAUGGGCAAGGCGGCCAGCUACUUCCCGCCGGACGACAUGAAGACCCUCUCGUCGCUCGAUGACUUCCUGGUCUCCGUCGGCGCCGUCAAGAAGACCGUCUCCGGAAGGAAGCGAUGA